CAAAGGGAAAAACUCCACGGAAAAAUAACAGAUCAUCAUGCAACUCAAAACCAUGACAUUUCAUUAUAUGCUCCUGCUGCUGUCCGCAUUACCAUUGAUCAAAACGAUGUCAACAUCUCCAGGAAAACAAGCAGAAUCACUCAUCAAAUGGAAGGACGACUUGUCUUCAUCAUCAUGGCCACCUUCGCUACUCAAUUCAUGGUCCCUCACCAACCUCAACAGCCUCUGCAACUGGACUGCCAUUGUCUGCACCAAAACCAGAACAGUCUCCGAAAUACAGCUCUCCGGUAUGGAAAUUAACGGAACACUGGCUCUUUUCGACUUUUCCCUAUUUCCGAGUCUCACCCACUUCGACCUGAGUGGCAACUAUUUCCGAGGGCCUAUACCAUAUGCCAUUGGAAAUCUCUCCAGGCUCACAACUUGACUUGAGCAACAACUCUUUGUACAACAGUUAUAACGGAUUCUCUGGCCCAAUUCCGGACAGUAUAGGUUUGAUUUCUGGUCUUCAAUAUAUUGACCUGAGUCAUAAUUUUCUGGAAGGGAAAAUUCCACCCUCUAUAGGCAAACUCAAGGAGCUCCAGUCCCUUGAUCUUUCAUACAACUCCUUAAACUCUUCUAUCCCUUCUGAGCUUGGUCUUUGCACAAACCUCACCCACUUGUCCCUGUCUUCCAAUAAACUCAGUGGGGAACUGCCUCUGUCCUUGUCCAAUCUGAAAAACCUCGUUGAAUUGCGUUUAGAUAAUAAUCUAUUUAUUGGUCAAAUCAUUCCUUCUCUGGUCUCCAAUUGGACGGAAUUGGUCUCUUUGUACCUUCAAGACAAUAGCUUCAGCGGAACCAUUUCAGCAGAAAUUGGGCUGUUGACACAAUUGCAGUAUCUAAGGCUUUAUUCCAACGAAUUCAGAGGUGAGAUUCCUCAUAGUCUAGGCAAUUUAUCUCAGCUUCAAGUACUCUAUUUGGACCAUAAUCACUUGACAGGAGAGAUUCCUCAGAGUCUAGGCAAAUUGACUCAACUUCUGCGACUCUCUUUGGACCAUAACCACUUGACUGGAGAGAUUCCUCAGAGUCCAGGCAAAUUGACUCAGCUUCAGCGACUCUAUUUGUCCCAUAACCAAUUGACAGGAGAGAUUCCUCAGAGUCUAGACAAAUUAACUCAGCUUUAUCGACUCCAUUUGUCCAAUAACCACUUUACAGGAGAGAUUCCUCAGAGUCUAGGCAAUUUAUCUCACCUUUGUGAACUCGAUUUGUCUGCUAACAACUUCACAGGAGUGAUCCCAAGGAUUUCAGGCUUAACAGGUUUGGUCUACUUGGAUCUCAGCAGCAAUUCACUAUCAGGUGCAAUACCAUCAGAAUUGCACAUGCUCACAACAUUAGAGGUUUUCAAUGCCUCACGCAAUCAUCUCUCAGGCGAAAUCCCAUCAGCAUUAGCUGACAUGUUAACUCUAAGUAGCUACGACUUUUCGUAUAACAACUUGACAGGGCCAUUACCAACCUGUGGCAUUUUCGAAAAGGCGCCAACAAGUGCUUUUGUUGGUAACUAUGGCUUGUGGAGUCAUGCAGAUGGACAAACUGAAUGUAAGUCUUCCAGUACACAUUCCAAAAGGGCUAACAAGAAUAAAGUAUCCAUUAUCCUUUAUUCCUUUUGCGGUUUCGCAACUGUUGCAAUUGCCAUUUUUUUCUUUCUUAUGUUUCGCAAGAGGUCCACGAUCCGGCCUCAGGUAAUCAAAACUUCUCAAAACUUCGAGAGUUUUGAAGCAAUGAUAUUGCAAGAGGAAGUGAAAUUCACAUUUCGGGAAGUUGUCAAGGCCAUAGACGACUUUCAUGAGAAACACUGCAUUGGGAGAGGCGGAUUUGGAAGAGUAUACAAGGCAGAGCUCGAAUCAGGUCAAGUUGUUGCAGUGAAGAGGCUUAACACGAAUGACUCUAAUGACAUUCCAACAAUUAAUCUCCAAAGUUUUGAGAAUGAAAUCCAAACUUUGACAACUAUCCGGCAUCGCAACAUCAUAAGGCUAUACGGCUUCUCUUCAAGGAGGGGUUGCAUAUUCUUGCUUUACGAAUACUUAGAGAAAGGCAGCCUCGGAAAAGCAUUGUAUGGGGUAGAAGGGGUUACUGAACUUGGGUGGCCAACAAGGGUAAAAAUUGUGCAAGGACUUGCUCAUGCACUUUCUUACCUGCACCAUGACUGCUCACCACCAAUUGUUCAUCGUGAUGUAACUGUCAAUAAUGUAUUGCUCGAGCAAGAUUUCGAGCCCCGACUCUCAGAUUUUGGAACAGCAAGACCGUUGAGUAUUGAUUCAUCCAACUGGACCAACAUUGUUGGUUCGUUAGGAUACAUGGCGCCAGAGCUUGCAUAUAUUAUGCAGGUGACGGAUAAGUGUGAUGUUUAUAGCUUUGGAGUGGUGGCACUAGAAGUCAUGAUGGGAAGGCACCCCAGGGAUAUGCUAGAGUCCAACCUAUCAGCAUCAUCAACGUCAACGAAUGAAAAUGCUGAGUUGCUUCUGAAAGAUGUGUUAGAUCAACGACUAGAGCCUCCAGCCAAUGAAUUGGCAAAGGCAGUGGUGCUUGUAAUGAGUAUAGCAUUGGCUUGUAUACGGACGCGUCCUGGGUUGCGUCCGACAAUGCAUUUUGUGUCACAGAAACUAUCAGCUCAUAGUCUUCCUUGCCUUCCCGAUCCAUUUGGUAUGCUUACCAUCAAGAAGCUAUCGGCCCUAUAAAACUAGGAGAAAUAUGUAGCUCCAACUUCAGAUUAGAAUUCUUGCUAGAGCAGUCUAUCAAAUAAGGAGAUGUUGUGGAAUUUUAUUUUAUUAUUUUUAUUUUUAAUGUUUACAAUGAACUUCAUAAACAUGUAUUUGAUAUCUGCACACCCUAAUUACUAGAGUGUUGCAAAUUGUGUGGUUGAAAAAUAUGGUGUUUAGCUCCGUGAAAUUCGUA